GUCCUGGAGCGCGCUGGUCGCAGUGACUGCCAUUCGCCUGUCGCACCCUCCACCCUCCGCUCUGGGGUCACAGCCUCUAGCGUCCUGCUGCCCCCUCGGGCCUCGUCGGCCAGCGGCUCGCGGGCGCGCAAGAGUGAGGACGAGGGCAGGCACGGUCCAGCCCCCGGUACAAACAGUUAGUGAGGGGUGAGGUGCAGGGUCCCGAGCUGGCCACCAUGGUGGCCACGUGCUUACAGGUGGUGGGCUUCGUCACGAGCUUCGUGGGUUGGAUCGGCAUCAUUGUCACCACGUCCACCAAUGACUGGGUGGUGACCUGUGGCUACACCAUCCCCACCUGCCGCAAACUGGAUGAGUUGGGCUCCAAGGGGCUGUGGGCCGACUGCGUCAUGGCCACGGGGCUGUACCACUGCAAGCCCCUGGUGGACAUCCUUAUCCUGCCAGGCUAUGUGCAGGCUUGCCGGGCCCUGAUGAUCGCAGCCUCUGUCUUGGGUCUGCCCGCCAUUCUCCUGCUGCUGACGGUUCUCCCCUGCAUCCGAAUGGGUCAUGAGCCCGGCGUGGCCAAGUACCGGCGGGCCCAGCUGGCGGGUGUUAUGCUCAUUCUGUUGGCUCUGUGCGCCAUCGUUGCGACCAUCUGGUUCCCUGUGUGCGCCCACCGUGAGACCACCAUCGUGAGCUUUGGCUACUCCCUGUACGCAGGCUGGAUUGGUGCGGUAAUGUGCCUCGUGGGUGGCUGUGUCAUCGUCUGCUGUUCCGGAGACGCCCAGUCGUUUGGCGAAAACCGUUUCUACUACUCGUCGGGCUCCAGCUCCCCUACUCAUGCCAAGAGCGCCCACGUAUAAGAGAGCUGCCGGCCUGCCCACGGAGGUGCUGUAGAUGCUGGGUCCUGGGCCCUAGGUUUGCUUGCCCAAGGGGGAAGCCCACUCAGUCCUUAGCCAGGCUCCAAAGCCAGAGGUUCAGUCAGGCAUCCUGUCUGGCAUUUUGUAGUCUUAACACCCCCUUCGCUUUUGUUGCCUUAAAAGAAAUCUUUAGGUCAGAAAAUGCCCACACAUUUUUUCUCAUGGUCUUGCCCACUAUUAGCUCUUUCCUUGGGCAACCUCUUCAUUACUCAUUACAAUACGUACAUAAAGUAUGUCCAUGUUUCUCUCUCUUAAAUUUUAAAUAUUUUGCAAACAUUGCUGAGUUGGGUGUGGGGAAGAGAAUAAAAGACACUUUCAAACUGUUACAGAUGACAAUGGGAAUCUCACAAAGAUGCCUCUCUGUUCCCCCUCCUCUUCAGCUCCAAGGUCCUUUAGUUAUAAGCAAUAGAAAAAGAUAGAAUGGGGCAGGGUGGGUGAGGGCCGGGAAUCCCUCUAUGGGAAAGUUUCCCUUUUCUAAGUUGAGGACAAGGGGUGGGGAUAUUUUUUAGUUUGUGAUUUUACAUUUUCUGUACAUACUUUUUGUCAAGAUUGAUCAUUUUUAUGACCACGGUUUUCCUGAAAUUCUCAAUUCAUCAGUAUGAAGGAAAUGAACCAAAUAGACUUUAAUUAUAUGAUAAAUAACAGUACAAGUGAGUAUAACUCUAACCUACACUCCACAGAACAUUCUUGAAUUCCAGAUGUAGUGUUUAAUCUGAGUUACAUGUAACUUCAAUUUAACAUAUUUCAAAGCUUUUCUCCUCUCUCUGUUUUCAUUCUGUUAGGGAUCUUGAAGUGCUAUUGCUUAACAUAAAUUGUACUGUUGAAUUUGGCUUUACGGGUGUAAAAACUGAUAAUGUAUCAGUAUCUGAGACCCCAAACUCUUCAAACACUGAUGGUGCAUUUUGUUCUUUAAGUGAGAUCUGUGCAAUAAAAUAACAGACUGUCUGCAAAA